AUGGACAAGGUCUGGGACCUCAAGGUGCACGUCAAUGGCCGUCACACGCUUCUUCUCCACCAGAGCGUCAUGUGCGCCUUCUCGGGGAGGCUGAGGGCAAUGGCGACGCGAGAGACGAAGGACAAGAGCGGAGGAGGAGCAGAGGCGUCAUCAAUGUGCGUCGACCUUGCGGGCCUCCCUGGAGGUGGCGAGGGCCUCGACCUCGUGGCACAGUUCUGCUACAGCAAUGGCCGCCUGCCGCCGCUACGCCCCUCCGACCUCCCGCUCGUGCACUGCGCCGCCGCGUUCUUGGAUAUGACCGAGGAGGUGCGCGCCGGCAACCUCCUCGCCCAUGCGGAGGCCUUCGUUGACAUCGGGCUCUGCUACUGGAGCUGGGCCGACGUACUCGCCGCCGUCAAGAGCUGCGAGGCGUUCGGAGCCGACGUCUCCGACCUCCGAGCGAAGCUCCUCUCAACUCUGUUCUCGAGGAUCGCUGAAGGCGCGGAGACGUCGAACAGCUCCUCCUCGUCCUCGCCAGACACGGUCAGCGGCUCCAGCGGGCGGCCGUCACCCGCCAAGACGCCGGAGUCGGUGAGGCGGUCAUGCUUGGGCGGCGGCAGGGAGUGGUGGUUCGAUGACGUGGCGUCUCUACCCCCGCCGACCGUCGAGAAGGCCAUCAAACUGCUGGGCUGCUACGGCGUGGACAACAAGAACCUCACACUGACGCGGUUCCUGCUGCAUUACCUCCCCCGCGCCGCCGCGCUCCGCAAGGUCGACGACUCGGGAAGCCUGGUCGGACUCGCCGACAAGGCCGUGCACGGCGUGGCGCACUCCGGCGGCGGGGCGGCGUUCUCCCGCAGGGGUCUCUUCUGGGUUCUGCGGGUCGUUUCAGCCGUGGGCCUGAGCAAGGAAUGCAUGCGGAAGCUGGAGGUGCUGGUGGGGCAGAUGCUGGACCAGGCCACGCUCGACGACCUCCUCGUCUCCGGCGACGGCAGCGGCGCGUACGACGUCAGCCUGGUCACGAGGCUCGUCAGGGUUUUCGUGAGCUCCCUGUUCGAAAAAUCCGCGUCCCCCCCGGAGGCCGGGUCGUCUUCGCAAAAGAUGAGGAAGGUGGGGAGGCUGAUGGACAAGUACCUGGCGGAGAUCUCGCCGGACCACGGACUGAGGGUGUCCAGGUUCCUCGCCGUCGCAGAGAGCCUGCUGGACUCCGCCAGGGACUCCUACGACGGCGUGUACUGGGCAGUGGACAUCUACCUCAAGGUAAGUACUUCUCUUCAAAAUUUCAAAUGUUCAACUGAAUUUUGAGGAAAUUCGAUUCAGAAUUCAAAAAUAGGCAAAUGAUGAAAUUUGAAACUGAUUUCUAAAAAAAAAAUGUCAGAUCAUACGUUGUGCUAUGCUCGGCUGUUACUAUAGUACUGCCUACUUGAUGCCAAUUAAUAGAAAACAUGAUGUGUGUGACUUGUCAUUUGUAAUUGUGUGGCCUGUGGUGGACUGUCAUUUUAAAAUUUGCAUCAACUUUGGUUUAUGUGGUAUUUACCGAAACAGUAUCGAAAAAGUUUGGUAUUUAUCGAACCAAAAACAAUAUAGUUGUUUCAUAUAAUAUUAAACAUUGAAUUGAAACCAUAUUUACCAAAUCGAAUUAAUCAUAUUAACCACCCGCAAAAAAAAGAAUUAAUCUAACCAAACACCCAGCGAUACAUCCUACAGCUCAAAGUGCAUACUUUUUUCUUCUUCUGAAAAUAAGGUUAUAUUACCCUCUAGCCAUUGCAUCAGUGUGAUGCAUAUAACCAUCUUUAUUAAGACAUGUAUUGUUCAUCCCUUACAAAUAAAGGGUAAACUCAUGACCAUGGA